GGUUCUCUUCGAGUGCCGCCCAUGCUAGGCGGAGGGCUGGGCAGAUGGAAGAGGACCAGGCCAACUGGCUGAGGACGCAGCUGGCCCGUCGGCUGGCAUCGGAGGAUAGUUCAGAGAGAGCGGAGGCGGCAGCCCGGGAGAACCCGGAGAACCAGGAGCCCGGGACGAGGGCCAACCCGGUGGGAUGGGACCAGCAAGGCCUGUUGAGAAGGGAGCUGCCCGGCCGAGGGGCCCGGGAGACAGCGGGCCCCAAAGAGGGACAGGAGGCGGCGGAGCCGGGGCCGAGUGAAUCAGAGGGCGGGAGCGAAGAGGGGCGGGGUGGCCUGGAGCCCGGCGGACCGGGGGGCGGGGAGAUGGAGGCCCCCGUGGAGGACUUGGGGAGGAGUAGAGAGAGGCGGGGAGAGAGCGCCCAGGCGGACUCAAAAGAAGCGCCGCCAGAGAGCCAGAGGAGACAGGGCUCGUGGAAGCCGGGAGACCAGCAGCCCGGCACGUUGCGGGAAACGUACUGGGAGAGGUCCCAGAAGAGCUACAGGGAGAGGGCGGUGAAGCCGAGGGUCAAGGGCCAGGUCGAGUGGAAGUACCCGCUGGAGAAGAAGCCCAGCUGGCUGAAGCCCCCGACGCUGGUGGAACCCGAGGAGAAUGAGGUUUAUAAAGAGGAUCUCUUGAUCCCGGCGCAAGUGCGGCGGCCCACGAUCAGAUUCAGUCUCCAGGCCAGAUCUCGCCUCCAGUCGCGGCGGUCGGCAGUCUGCUGCCCCUCCAGCAGUGUCAUCAACGAGCUGGCGAAGAUGGGCGACCCGGAUGUCCUGGAAAUGGUGCAGGAGGAAGAGAGAAGAGCCGGGAGUGAAGAACGUUUUUUUGAAGUAAGUGAGCAGGACCUGAGCAGCAGAGAGUCCAGUUUUCUCAUCAGUGAAGAACCAAGGUCUGCAAAGCGAUACAAUUUGUUCCUGAGGCGGCGUCUUAUGUUUAAAAAAGAUGAACAAAGCAAAGAUUCUAUCUUCUUCCGAGAUGGGAUUAGGCAAAUUGAUUUUGUGCUUUCCUAUGUUGAUGACAUAAAGAAAGAAGCUGAACUGAAGGCAGAAAGAAGAAAAGAGUUUGAACAAAAUCUCAGAAAAAUAGGUCUUGAGUUGGAAAUUGAAGAUAAAAUGAACUCGGAAGAUGGGAAAACUUAUUUUGUCAAGAUCCAUGCCCCUUGGGAGGUAUUAGUUACUUACGCUGAAGUGUUGGGAAUCAAAAUGCCUAUUAAGGAGAGUGAUAUUCCUCGAGCUGACAAAAUCCCUUUUAGCUGUAUGCUUGGGCCUCUGAAGCUCCCAAGGAAUGUGAAGCAUCCUCAUGCUGAAUAUUUCACUGCCCAAUUCACCAGACAUCGGCAGGAGCUCUUCCUCAUUGAAGAUGAGUCAAGCUUCUUUCCAUCCUCAUCAAGAAACAGAAUUGUUUAUUAUAUUCUCUCACGGUGUCCUUUUGGCAUAGAGGAUGGGAAGAAAAGGUUUGGGAUUGAAAGACUGCUAAAUUCUCACACUUAUUCAUCUGCCUUUCCACUCCAUGAUGGUCAAUACUGGAAGCCAUCAGAACCUCCUAAUCCUGUCAAUGAAAGGUACACACUUUGCCAGAACUGGGCUCGGUUUUCCUAUUUUUACAAGGAACAGCCUUUUAAUUUGAUUAGGGAUUAUUACGGAGAAAAAGUUGGCAUCUAUUUUGUCUUUCUCGGAUUUUACACAGAAAUGCUGUUUUUUGCAGCUAUAGUUGGCUUAGCUUGUUUUAUUUACGGCUUAUUAUCGAUGCAUGAUAACUCAAGCAGCACUGAGAUCUGUGACCCUGAGAUUGGGGGUCAGAUUAUCAUGUGCCCACUCUGUGAUGUAAUGUGUGACUAUUGGAGACUAAAUUCUACGUGUUUGGCUUCAAAGUUCUCCCAUUUAUUUGACAAUGAGUCAACAGUGUUCUUUGCAAUAUUCAUGGGAAUUUGGGUCACAUUGUUUUUGGAGUUUUGGAAGCAGCGACAAGCCAGACUGGAGUAUGAGUGGGACCUGGUGGACUUUGAGGAGGAACAGCAGCAGCUCCAGCUGAGACCUGAAUUUGAAGCGAUGUGCACACACAGGAAAAUUAACGCAGUGACUAAGGAGAUGGAACCUUACUUGCCUCUGUGUAGUCGUAUUCCAUGGUACUUUUUAUCGGGAGCCACGGUGACUUUAUGGAUGUCUCUGGUCAUCGCGUGUAUGGUAGCUGUGAUUGUAUACCGCCUGUCAGUCUUUGCUACAUUUGCUAGCUUCAUGGAAAGUGAAGCAUCCUUAAAGCAUGUCAGAAGUUUCCUCACUCCCCAGAUAACCACAUCUCUCACUGGAUCGUGCUUGAACUUUAUUGUCAUCUUGAUCUUGAAUUUCUUUUAUGAAAGAAUAUCUGCCUGGAUUACAAAAAUGGAAAUUCCUCGGACUCACCAGGAGUAUGAGAGCAGUCUUACCUUGAAAAUGUUCCUGUUUCAGUUUGUAAAUUUUUACUCGUCCUGCUUCUAUGUGGCUUUCUUUAAAGGGAAGUUCGUGGGCUAUCCUGGAAAAUACACAUAUUUGUUUAAUGUGUGGAGAAGUGAAGAGUGUGAUCCUGGAGGCUGUCUAGUAGAAUUGACAACCCAGUUGACCAUCAUAAUGACUGGGAAACAGGUCUUCGGAAACAUUAAAGAAGCCAUUUAUCCCUUUGUUCUGAAUUGGUGGAGACGCCGAAAAGCUCGAACCAACUCUGAAAAGCUAUACAGUCGAUGGGAGCAGGACCAUGACCUUGAAACUUUUGGUUCUCUCGGGCUAUUCUAUGAGUACUUGGAAACAGUUAUCCAGUUUGGAUUUGUUACAUUAUUUGUGGCCUCUUUUCCUUUGGCUCCUCUUCUUGCUCUCUUGAAUAAUAUAAUAGAGAUUCGAGUGGAUGCCUGGAAGCUUACGACUCAGUACAGGAGACCUGUAGCUGCUAAGGCUCAUAGCAUAGGUGUUUGGCAAGACAUUCUUUAUGGAAUGGCUGUCCUUUCUGUUGCAACUAAUGCUUUUAUUGUUGCAUUUACAUCGGACAUGAUUCCCCGUUUAGUUUACUACUAUGCCUACUCAAAAAAUGCCAUUCAGCCUAUGAGAGGGUAUGUCAAUAACAGCCUGUCAAUAUUCCUGAUAGCCGAUUUUCCAAACCACACUGUACCUUCGGAAAAACGAGACUUCACCACUUGCAGGUACAGAGAUUACAGAAAUCCUCCUGAUCAUGAGGAUAAAUAUUUUCAUAGUAUGCAGUACUGGCAUGUCCUUGCUGCUAAGAUGACCUUCAUCAUAAUUAUGGAGCAUGUUGUGUUUCUAAUGAAAUUUUUGUUGGCGUGGAUGAUCCCUGAUGUUCCAAAAGAUGUCGUGGAAAGAAUCAAGCGAGAAAAGUUAAUGACUGUCAAGAUUCUCCAUGACUUUGAGCUUAACAAACUAAAAGAGAACUUGCGAAUGAAUUCUAGUGAUUUUGCCAAGCAUCUCAUUAUUCAGGAAAACAAAGUACAUCUGGCUAAAUCAGCAACCUAAUCAACAUAACAAGUAAGCCGCUGGUUGCCUGUCUGGCUUCACAGUUUUCCCUGGGUUUGGGGCCAGAAGCUGUGUGUCAAUUUUACCCUUUCUUCUUUUUUUCUUAACUCAAAGUUUUUGUACACUCAUAUAGAGGCCAACUUAGUGGAGGCUGGAAGAAUACCACUUGUCUGCUUCAUUGGCUGGGCCCUCCCCAGAUAUUGUUUUCUGGGGUUCUAUAAAUGAUUGUUAAAUGUAUGUGUGAAAUCAGAAUAUUGGAAGAUCAUGGGAUGUUGCAGUUUAGAAUUAAACACUGGAUGUGAGCUGUCCCAUCACCUUCCAGUGCAGCUGCACAUUUUCAUGGUCUUCAUUCUAUUGGGUUGUGUUAUAUCUCUGUCCCAUCAAGAAAAGUGUUGGGACAAAAAGAAAAGAAGUGAAGAGGUCUAUUGAGCCAUAUAUAUAUCCUGCCAUUUUAGACUAUGCAGAUGAAAAACCAAUAUCAGAUGAGAUAAGAAAACAUACAUAUUAAAAAUAUUGGGUAAAUAUCAUGGCAGGGGUUUGUUCCCAAAAUCAUCCUGAAUAAGGUAAACUUCCAUCAGAAUUCCAGAUAGUCCUUCCAGGUAAAUACAAAAUUGAUUUUUCAAGAGACUGAACAUUUGGGUUUCAGCAAAAGACUAACAACUAAUUUCUUUAAAUAUAACAUUUCAGAAACAGUAGUUUUAAGACUGGAUUGUCUUAUCUGGGAAACAGCAUUAAGAAGGUAUUAGAUUGUUUCAGGUCUUUAAGUAAAUGAAAGACAUAGAGAAGUGAGUGUGCCUUCUUAGUAUUUAAUGAAUGCAAGACAGUGUAUAUUGAUUAAUUUAUUGACUUCAAUCUAAAAAAUCAUUGAAUUAUUUUUAAAAAUAAUUUUUCUUCCACAACACCUAUUUUGCAUCAUGAAGCCUGUUUGAGCAUUAACUAUUUGCAUAGGUUAGGUACAAGUUGUUUAUGAAAUUCUAUCUCGUUUAAAGCAGUCUCAAAUCUUCUAAUGAGUUUACAAUUUUUUCUAUUGAUGCACUGCUGUACAAUGCUCGGUGCCUUGCUCCUAUGCCUUUGCCCCACAAGAUGUGGUUGUACUGUUGAUUUGAUGCGAUGUAACAUCUCAGGUGUGAGCUUCUUUUAGAGAAAUUGUUAGUUUAACAUCAAUCACAGAGCUUAACACCAAAUAUGGAUCAACCAAGUAAGAAUGAGGUGAUGGAUUUGAUAGCCAAGUAAAAAAAAUAUAUUCGUUGAAUUAUUUCUCUCAUAUUUAAGCCUGUGGCACAUGUACCCCAGUUCUUGUUCUUCUUUCCCUUAAAAAAUACUUAAUAUAUAUUUUAAACACUAUAGAGAGAUGUAGUUUAAUUUUAUAACAUUUGAAUCUCUAGUUUCAAAUUACACUUCAUUUUCAAAAGAAUAGUGUUUUUUAAUUGCACACAAAAGAAGAAACUUUAUUACAAGAUUUUUUAAAAAGUAGUGUUUCAUUAUUUGAUCCUAAUACGAUUUUAUAGAAUUGCCAGUAUUAAGUGUAUGGCAGGUAGUAUUAACUAAUGGUCAGUAUUAAGCAUUUAGAACCGAGGAUUAUGAAAUUAUAAAACCAUGAGACAGUUACCCCAGUAUUGGCAGUAAUUUAUCAUCCACUGGGUAGAUUUUAUGAACAUUUUUGCAUAAUUUGAAAUGAUCUCAUUAUUGAAGAAUGAUUUCACAUGUGGAGAUUAUUUUCUUUGAGAGGACCAGUUAGUGUUACUAUGAAAUUAGCCACAGAUGCAGUAUUUUUGCUUGUUAAAGCAAACUCUGUUACUAUGAUGUUGUACAGCUCAUACUGCUUCCUUCCUGAGAGCUAAUAAAAAUAAGGAAGAGCAUGGAAAUCAGUUUCUCAGAUAUAAGGUUUAAUUUUCAUAGGUUAACAGUGUUUAUAGAGCUAGACUGCAAGAUAAAUAAAGACAAGUUUAAUUCACAUGGUUAUCUGUACAUUGCAAUCUUAAAACAAAACAACUCAAGUGGCGGGUUUCUAGGAUGUACGGAGAAACUAGCAAGGGAAGAAAUAGUUUUUAAGAUAGGUAAAUAGUUCCUAUGAUAGGUAGAUAUUUUCCUUUUAAAAUGCUGACAAAUACUUUCUAUUCACAUUUCAAUUUUCUACCAAGAAGUUUCUCACAUCUUAAAAGGAAAUACAAGUAUCUCUCACUUUCCUAAAAGCUUGAUAAACAAAAUCCGAAGCCAAAUCGAUUCAGGCAGAUUUGUCUUGUCUAGUUAAACCCAUUAGUUAUUGUAAGAGGGCUGAGUUGAGCACCUGACUACCAGGUGUAAGUUGAUAUUUAUCAGCAUGGCAGAUGUUUUUAUAACUCAAUCAAAUCCAUAGUUAUUUUUUUCAGAAAUGUUCCAGAAAUCAUUUGAGACUUUAUUUGAAAUAAUAUGUAGUACAAAAAAAAAAAAAAAAAAAAAAACUCGUUUCAAAUGUCAUCUCAAAUUUUCACCUUCAUCAGUUUUUCUUUGCACAAAAGAAGCAGAAUCCAUUUCAAAACAUUUCUUUUAGAGGAACCCAUCAAGAAGAGGGGGGUGUCUUAAUUAAAUGGAAUGCUAUCUUAUUUUUGCUGCUUCUCGUGACUCCUCUUGACUUUAACAGUCUUCUUUUAACUAAGCCAUCAAGCAAAUUAUCAAGGAAAAGAAAAAGGAAAGAAGAAAAUAAAGAAGAGGAGGGACAGAGGAAGGAGAUAAGAGUUCCCUCCUUAUGAACCUGUGUGUGCUCCUAUGGGGAGAGAGGUGUUGUGAGGUGCAUUGUGCAGCUGUGGAUACUAAGAAGAAUGUCUCUUUCCCAAACCAUCUGAUGAGGGUGAGAGAAAAGCCAAAGAAAUUUCAGGUUGAAAACUAUUAUAUGUCAAAAGUAAAACUUUGAUUUCAAAGUGACUUUGUAGUGUCAGCUGCCAUGUGUAGCCCUGGGUCUCUGUUGAUUACUCCAGUUGAGGCUGAGGAAUUUGUGCCACUGAUUCAAAAGGUGAAUAUAUUGUUGUGAAAGAACCUCUUUUGUUUUUAAUCGUACCAGUUAUUAUGUCAUCAAAGAAUGUUAUUAAGGAAAAUAGCAUUGCAAGAAAUACCAUUGGUCAGGCUUAGAUGUCUGCUCACAUGAAUCCCUGUUGCUGUUAUGUUAUUUUUUUUUUUCUAGAUGGUAUUUUACUCCACUACUUUAUGUGUAAUAAUUCAAGUAUGUCAGUUAUUCCAGGAUUAUGUAAAAAUUCAGGAGAAUAUUAAAGCGUGGUUCAGUGUGUGUUAGAUACCUGCUUCCCUCUCCUAAAACUGUUCAACUAGGUGUGUCUUUCCUAUGAAAGAUUAUGUGCCAUGGUGUUAACCAAGAAAACAAGUGCUUUCUUUUCUUCUCUUUCUUUCUUUCUUCCAUUUUUUUUUGCAAGGAGGGUGGUAUGCAGGUACACAGGAAAAGUAUCUCUUAAGUUACAUAUACAUAAAUUUUAUAAAUCUCAAGAGAUUCAAAUAUGCACAAUGAAUAAAAUAGUAAUUUUAAACUA